UUGUCAUGCAAGAGAAAUGAGAUGACUCGAUCAGCUGUUUCCUUACCCAUUUUUGUUAGUUGCAUAUGUCAUAUGAUUUAUAUAGUUUGUGUAACUGUGAUACGAUAUCGCACGGUCUUGCUUUCAAAUUUUAAUAUUAUAGAUAAAAAAAUAAUAUUAUAAUGCAUUCAGAUUAAAAAUUGUAAUGCAUUACGCAUUAUGCCAUAACGUGAUUUAAAUAUUAUAGUAUAUUUCGAAAUGAAUAGCAUAUAUUUAUCAACUUUGAAUAUGAUUAAAUAGUGUAUUAAGAAACAUUUGUUCAAAUAGUUCGACAAUUAUCUAUUAUAUAUUCUAUAGCAGAAUUAUGACAGUUAUCUCCACUAGUUUCACGGUAAGUCCAAUGACGAGACAGUUGUUUUUAUCAUUAUAUUUUAUGAUAAUAUCAGGGUCAAACUUUGCAAAUGAUGUCAGCUAUGGUACCAGGUACGCAUAAUGUUAUGAGUAAUGAACAAAGUUGUCAUCAUACAAUAGAAAGACAAAAGUUACUUGAAGACUUGUUGGAUGCUGCAAAAAAGUGUUACAUUAGAUUUGGAGGUCGUGCAGAAUUAGCAACAGAAUCAGACACAUGCGUUGCUCAACUCUGUUUUAUACUCGAAGCAAUUUUUAGUCAUGGAUUGCGCACUAAUUGUAUAGAAAAAGUUAAUUUAGCUUUAAAACAUGUUUCUGCUUUAGUAUCUGGUAGCAAUGCUAAAUCUUUAAAUACAAUUGAUGCAGCAUUUUGGCCAUGUAUAAAAGAUCAAUUAACAUGGCAUGAACAAGAACGUUUUAGCGUUUUAAGAAAGGUACGCACUGAUUAUGGCCGUGGUAGAGCAUGGCUAAGAGCAAUUUUAAAUGAGCGCUCUUUGGAACGAAAUUUACAUACUAUUAUAAAUCCAGAUAAAUUAUCUUUAUUUUAUGAAGAAUGGGCUUUUUUAUUGGAUCAAGAGAAAUGUGCAGCAUUGCCAAAUGUAGCAGCAGGACUUAGUGCAAUUUUAUUUGCAAUAAGAAUAGAUAAUGAAGAAUUGGACAACAAUUUAAAAGUUAAAAAUUCUGAGAAAUUAAAUGGCGAACAAUCAGAACUUAUUAUAUCUAUAAUGCCAGGCUCUCUGAAUUUAAAACAAGGAAAGGUACAAAAAAAAGUGCCAACUCAUAUUAUUUCUUUUGAUAAUGAUAGUGAAGAACAAGGACAACCUACUGAUGUUAGUACCAGUAUUAAUGAGCACACUUCUUUUAAUAAUGCUUCUAUUUUAACAAAACAUUCUUCAUCUCCAUCUAUAUCAGAAGUGCAACUGGAUCUCAACGAUUCUAAUGCUGUUGCAAAUACAAGUUCUACAGAAAAUGAAUAUGUUGAAUCUCUGGAUGAAGGAAAGAUUUUAACUCCUGUGACAGAUGCUGAUAACUUAGGACUUGUUCCCACGUCACCUCUAGAUCAAACAUUUGAUGAUAUGUUAGUUAGCUUACCAAAUUAUUUAAAUAAAACAACAGAUAUUACUGAACCUGCAGUAGAAGCAACAGAGCAUCUUGUCAAUUUAGAUGAUCGUACAAAUACAGAAAAUUUAGAUGCAGAAACAUUACGGUUGAAACUUUUAACUAUGGAUGAACUCUUAGAACAAGCUAGAGAGGAUGCUAUGACCAGUAGAUUGCUGUUAAAUCGCUUUCAAAGACAGCAUCAAAAUUUUGUUGAGAAACAUCAACUGCAGUUACAGACAUUAAACAGGGAGAAUGAACUCUUAAGGCAACAAUUACGUAAAUAUGUGACAGCUGUACAAAUGCUAAGAAAGGAAUCUGAUUCUACAUAUUCAAUAGAAAGAGAUACUUCAUCAAUUCGUCACACUGAAGCAGAACAGUAUGAAGCAAAAUUGAUUCAAGUUGCAGAUAUGCAUGCAGAAUUAAUGGAAUUCAAUGCUAAGUUAACUUUACAAUUGGCAAACAGGGACAAAUUAAUACAAAUUUUGCAAACUGAAUUGGAGUGCCUUCGAGGUUCUUUCAAUGAGGAUGAUUUACCAUUGGAAUCUCCAUGCCUUAUUCAUAUAUGGAUACCAUCUGUUUUCCUAACAGGACAGCCCUCUGAUAUUCAUCAUGUAUAUCAAAUAUAUAUACGUAUACAGGAUAUUGAAUGGAAUAUUUACAGGCGAUAUGCACAGUUUUAUGAAUUCCAUAAAGAAUUGAUAAAACAUGAUGCGAUUGUGACUGCUUAUGAAUUUCCUCCAAAGAAAACAAUAGGAAAUAAAGAUGCUAAAUUUGUAGAAGAAAGAAGACAAAAAUUACAAGAAUGGCUAAGACGUGUUGUUGGACGAUUAACACAAUGUUCUAUGUUUUCUUCUAAUCCAAGCAGGCAAACUCUUGUAUCGUUGUUACCUUUUUUCGGUGACAGGCCCAAUGGCGAUAAUAUAAACAAAAAUAAUACUACAAAAAAUGCACUAUCUUCUCCUCAAUAUAUGGGUUUAUAAUGAUUGCUUAUAUAGACUUUGUAUAUAAAAGAAUUCUUUAAUUUAAUGAACAAAUUGUUUUAUAUGUAUAUCUUGAAAUAGAUGUAUUAUAUCAUGCAA